CAGAUAAGGACCAGCGUGCUAAACUAGCCACACCGGCAUCAUGACUGAAGAGACUAAACAGCCCUUGGCUGCCAAAGAGCUGAAUAAUGAGUCCAAAAAACAGGAUAAGGGGGCUGUGGAGCAUAAAAGCUUAAAAAAGUCCCCUGAGCACUUUCACAAUGUGUGUCUGGAGCCACACGCUGUGAACAAUCUUGCUAAGUUUGCAGAAAAAGAGAGAGACAACACGCAGCAACGUGAGGCUGUGAUUCGGCCACAGCAGGCUGGAAAGAUUGAUUUUAAGUCACUGCAGAAUCAUUCAUUCAACAGCAACAGGACGUGGCCCAGCGGCAAGGACAGCCCUCAGUCACCUAGUGGAAAGAGUCGCAAUAGAGACAAGAGUAAAAAGUCAGGAAAAGGAGAGCGUGGCAACCCGCAGCAGUUGUACAGACUGAGUAUUACAAACCCACGCUCAAAUCCCACAAUUGGGAUAGCCUAUCCCCAGCAGAAAGUCUCACCUCCAAAGAAGAUUGAGUCCAGCAGGGGUCCUGUCUCAGGCAGCUACUGCUUCCAUGUGCCAAGUAUUCCAGAGCGAGAGGCUGAACUGCAUCAGGAAGAACUACAGUUCAGAUGCUUCCAGGACAGCUCGCCUAACCUUACUUCCCAAAGCUAUACCUCACAGGCUGUUGCCGCCCCCUCUGGAGGACCAGCUCACCAGAAUCCACCACAACCGCAACAGAAUCCCAGCCCAAUCGAGAGCAACAGCACACAACCUGCCAAUGAAACUUUAUUCCCUGACUUUCAACUGAGCGAAACGGACACAUGGCAGUCUCCAGACAGGACUUUCAGAAGCACUAGUUUUGGACUUACUUCACAAAAGCCAAACAACCUUGUGGACUUGAACAAGACCAAUGGUAGUUUUAUGCCUAUGCCAUUUCAGUACGGAUACCCAUUGCUAGAGGAGUCAGCCUCCGAUUCCUUUCCCUGUGAUCGAAAUACACAGUCUCAAGAUUACAUUGACAUUUCUCUUGCCCCUAACCAGGUUUCUCAUAAUUCAUUUUCCUUUCCAUCCUCUGCAGAGGGACAUGAGGCCAUGCAAAAUAAUGCACAGUUUGGUAAUGACCAGGUAGAGGACAGGCAGUCAUACCAGUUACACCCUAAAGCACCCCAGUACAUGCAGACACAACAUGGUGUGCAGUCAUCUGUUCCCAGCAAUGAUGAGAGCUCAGUAUCGAGCACUCGCCAAUCAGAGCAGAGUAAAAGUGUUUCAGAUCAAUCUGAUUCUUUUAGUCCAGUAGACAACAGGGAAACAGGCUUUGCGGUAGUGGGCAAGAGAGGCUGCCAUCUUAAAAAUGGCACCACCAGCCAGAAAGUUCUUAUUCAAGGCAGUGUUCAUCAUAUUAGGAAUAUAGCGCAAGGUUCCAGUUCCCAAAUACAUGUCAUUAGCCCUCCACAUAAUGGUAUUCACAUCAGCCCAGGGCCUCUUGACAAAAGUGUAAGUAAACACCAUGUCAGGGUAUCACACCCAUGGGAUGGACCAAACAAAGCCUUCCCACCACCACUCAUAGACCAGACCUCUACGCCUUAUCCCUUUCAGUACCAACCAGCACCAGAACAGAGACAAAGCGGCAUUAAUGGUCGUAUGCCUUGGCAGCAGAUACGCUUCACAACUGCCAUGCCAAACCAAAACAGGAUUGAUCUCUCCAGGCAACUGAGCAAUCAGCAGCUUACUUUUUUGAUAGGCCCAUCAGACUGGCAAGAUGACAGUAAGCCACACAAAAACAGCAACCAGAAAGAUUCUAAUAACUUUCUCAACAAAAAGACAAAUGAGGGCUUCUCAAACCAAAGGCAGGACAGUGUCAAGCAAGGCUGCAACACAAUUCCACCAUGUCAUUUUACAAACAAGGUAGAUACAAAUCAAAACCAGGUGGGUGAUGCCAAGAAUAAGUCAUUAUACUUUGGUAUUAACCCCUCAGUGCCAGUGACAUUGUCAAGAAACUGUAGCUACCCUCCGUUACAUGUAGUACCCUUAGGGCUGAAGAUGGUGUCACCAUAUGACUCUCCUUCACAUUCGCCUACUCAAAAUCCAGCAUCUAGCAGUACAUGUUCAUCACUCUCCCCAGCCUCCACAAACUCUGUCACCAGUAAUUCUGAUGACAGCCAAAUUUCAAAGGUUCUGUCCCCUCAGUUUUAUCAGCAGCAACAGGACAAGGCAGUGAUAUCAUCUAGUAGCAUGAACACCAACCAGCAUCACUACCAUUCGGAAGCAUCCAGAGGCUUGCACUAUAAACAAGAAAAAGCCAAAAAGAACAUUGCAAGCUUCAUGUCACAUAACAGGCAUUCAAAGUCCAACAUGGACAACGGGAAAGGUUGUCUGGAGACCUACAGAACAGAAAACCAUCCCCCACCUCCGUAUUCUGCCCACCAACUCGCCACAUCAUUAGUCUCAGCAAACCUUGACCAACUGGAUGUGCUUUUGACAUGCAAGCAAUGUGAUCAGAAUUUUAAUGACCUUGUCUCUUUUCUUGACCAUAAGCAAUACUGUGGACAGCAUACAUUUGCACAAAAUGACUUUAAAGAUGUGCCAAAGGUGGAAGACAUAAGGAAGUUUCAGACAGACCACGCAAAAGCCAUGUCAUCUGGAUCCAGUUACACAAUUUUGCGGAGUUCUUCAGAUUUGCAUCUGUCUCUGCUUGGACUAAACAAGAAUGGGGAAAUAGUCCCAGAUAAUGAAACCAAAGGAGAUAUAAAAGAUGAUCCAAUGAAACUGAUGCUACCAUCUGCCCCCCUGCCGGAUUUAGAAAUGGAAGAUCCCAAAUUGGAUAGCCUUAUCACAGAGGCUUUGAACGGACUAGGCUAUCAGUCAGACAAUGCAGAGAUUGAUAGCAGCUUUAUUGAUGCAUUUGUUGAUGAUGAUCUCACCACUACUAAAUGUACAUCAACAAGACAGACUUUGACUACCAAAGACUCCACAACAUUUGAAGGUAGAACAAACAGUGAAUCAACAUCCAGCGAGAGAUCUCAAGCUCACAGCAAAUAUCCUUUUGACUCAGACUUAGACAGCCUUAGUUCAGACAGCAAACUCACAGACAGCCCUUUCAAAGAAAGCCAACAUGAGUUGAUACAGAAAGAAGGCCUCAAAGCAGAAACCUCUCCGACAGAGUCCCAGUCACAGGAGUCAAACUGCACACAGAUCGAGUGGGAAACAAAAAAGUCAGAGCAAAGAGAAGAGGAAAAUGAUUAUAGUUCUAAGUUUCUUCUAUCAAGCAAGUUUUCUGCAAGAUGUGGACUUAAAAGCUUGCAGAGUAGCACAGAAUUAGUGAAAACAACAUCCACCUGUGCCAGUAAAAGUCCAACAGCUCAGAAACCAAUACCAACAGAAGGAAAAAGGAGGAGGACAGGUGGCGGAAGCUGGAGUAAAGAGCUUAUUCACAAAAUUGUUCAACAAAAGAACAAAUUGCAUAAACUCCAUGUGAAGGGCACCAAAAACAUGCAGUUUUCACUUGUGAUGGAGAGAGUUACUCCUGCAGUGCAGAACCCUACUUUCAGGGAGUAUGAUUACGUUUCUGACUCAGACGAUGACUGUGAGCCUGUGAAGAUAGCCAGUCAAGGACGUCUCAGCCAGAGCAUUCGUUGCAAGUACACAUACACUAAGGAGUGCAAGGGGAGGAUUCGUGCUGACAAGAGCCGGGAAAGUUCAUGGAAACAAAACAAAAAUGAGUGCUUUGAUCCCAAGAAAGCUUUGGAUGUCUCUCCAUCCUUGAUGAAAGUCAACCCUGGUCACCAAAGGCGCAGAAGACGGAGCAGUAGGUCUUCCACAAGUAGUGAACUCAGCACAUCAAUAAGUAUUUGCAGCGAUAGCAUUGGCAGCCCGAAAAGUACUGAUCAUACAGAUUCUGACUCUGAGAAACGAAUAGAAGUACAAAGGAAAGAUCAAGACUCUCUUGAACAGAAUGCGUACGAACAAUCGCCAGCAAGGAUACGGAAAGAGUCUAGCACAUCACUGGCAUUGACCUUUACGAAAAAUACAAAAAGGUACAGCACUGAUAAGAUACUACUCACUGAGCAGAAGGAUCGGUUCACUACUUCAAAAUGUUCAAGCAUUAUCUGUAAGACUGAAGAGACUGCAUCAGAUCAUACAAUGACUAAAAGUACUGUCAGCCUUGCCAGAUUUAAAACCACCAGAGUGGAAAUAGAGGAAAAAGGGGACCACUUCGGGUUUGAGGCAGGAAUGCUUGCAACCACAGAAGAGCCAUUCAAAAAAGAUUGCCCAAAAAAUAUCACAUCACCAAGAGGGUCUGGUAUAACACCAAAUCCAAUGGAAACCACCAACAAUAGAGAUUCUAGCCAUGUUUUUAAACUCAAAAAAGAUGCUGUCACAUCAAAGGGUAAAUCCCACAAGAAAAGAACAAGUAGUUCUGAAUUUUCAGCACCCUUUUUUGAGAAAGCCAGCAAUGACAGCAUAUCAAGUGAACUCCAAAAUAUUCCACUUCUCAGCAUCCCCUACCAUACCAAAAGUUGA